CACUAAUCAUCCUUAGUCCUCUCAAUCACUUCCAGCCUUAGCGCUGGACUAAUGGCUUUCUCAAACAAGAAAUUCAAUUUCAGUAUCAGCAGGGAAUUGCUUCUCAACCCAAACGAUGUCUCAGUGGGAGAGAUGAUUGGAGAAGGAAGCCACUCCAUCGUCUACAAAGGAUUAAACCGUGUUCCCGUUGCUGUGAAGAUAAUGCAACCAAGUGUAAAAUCUGCUGUAAGCAUAAUGGACAAAAAGAAGUUUCAAAAUGAAGUUUUGUUACUAUCCAAGAUGAGACAUGCCAACAUUGUGAAGUUUGUUGGAGCUUGCAUAGUGCCGCAGCUGGCGAUAGUUACCGAACUCAUGGAAGGCGGCACUCUUCAGAGGUUCAUGUGGAGUUCUCAGUCGAAACCUCUAGAUCUAAAGAAGGCACUGACCUUUGCUUUGGAUAUUUCUCGAGCCAUGGAGUUUUUGCACUCAGAAGGCAUCAUUCACCGUGAUUUAAACCCAGCGAAUUUGUUGUUAACCGGUGAUCACAAGCAUGUGAAAUUGGCUGAUUUUGGAAUUGCUAGAGAAGAGAAUAGAGAUGGCAUGACCGGUGAGGCUGGCACUUGUAAAUGGAUGGCUCCUGAGGUAAGUAGUCGUGAGGCACUGAGAGUUGAGGAGCCAAAGCACUAUGAUCAUAAAGUGGAUGUUUACAGCUUUGCUCUAGUUUUCUGGGAGCUGCUUAAUGGUGUAGAGCCAUUCCCUGACGUGCCUAACAUUUGUGUUCCCCCACUUGUACAACAUGGUGAGAGACCAAGUCUUGCGAAUACACCAGAGGAAAUGAUCCCCAUCCUUGAAUUAUGUUGGGCACAAGAUUCGGAUGCGCGUCUUGAGUUCAAGGACAUUAGGCAAUUGUUAACAAGCCUGUUAACAAAUUUGACCUCAGAUGAUAGUAUUGACACACUACUACUAUCGGAUGAGGAAGCUUAUGACGGUGAUAUCGAUGAGGAUUCGGAGACCCCUCCUCUGAGUCUGAGUCAAGAGCAUUGUUGCAAGGUGAACAAACCUAAGGAGAAGAAGAAGAAAAUACUGGUGAAGAUGAUGCGUCCUUUCGUUAAGAUGUUCAGGGCUUGUUACAAGCCAUGA